CUGAGGCCUAUUUUUGAUAAACGGCUGGAGGAACAGAGACAACUGAUUGAGCUCGUUGAUCAUCUCACAUUCCGCCUUGGCAUUGAGGACGACGACUCUUCAAUUCCAAGAGAUACUGACGAACUGAUCCCGGAAGACAAAAUGAAGGCUGUAGAUGCCCGUCGAAUAGAGCUGGAGGCUGUGCUCCACAAAAGGCUUAAGAAGGUCCAGAAUUGGCAGAAGGAGAUGAAUAAAUUUGUUGGGAAACUAGGUCGUGAUACUAUCACUGACGAUGAAAACAUACUUACCCUCAUGGCCGUCGACUUUGCCAGCGAGGAUACAAGUAUUUCUGAAUCAACGGUUAGCGCAAUGGAAGGAUACUACGAACAGUUACGUGAGAUGUACACAGAAUACGUCCAGGAAAGGGAGUUUCGUUGGUUAGAGCUGUACACUCGUCUUUCUGAGUUGUGGGAUACUUGUCACGUGGCCGACAUCGAGCGUCUGAUACCGCCGUCUUACAAUCCAGAGAAGCACACUGACAAAGAUUUCGACAAGAUUUCAACGGAGAUUUCUCGUCUUGAGAGCCUUUAUGCAGCACGAAAAGAUGUAUUUGACGUGUUGACGGCGUGA